GACACAGCUGUGCAUGAUGGGAGACAGGAAGCGGAGGAGACGAUCCAUCCAUCAUCCCACCUCUGUUUUUUCUCCUCCUCUGUCUGUGUCUGUUCAGGCCGGGUCGAGCACAGCGAGCGGCAACAUCCCGGUGGUUCUGCACGAGGUGUGGAAGAGCCGAGGCCUCACUGGCCUGUUUGCAGGUAGCAUACCGAGGAUAACCUUCAUCAGCGCGGGGGGUUUCAUCUUCCUGGGAGCUUACGAGAAGGUCCGCCGCACUCUGCUAUAGAAGCCCCGCCCUCUGGGUCCGUGGUGGAAGAGCGUCGGGAUGAACACCUCCAGGGGGCAGCACCUCCGUCCAGUGAAGGCAGGGCCGUGCCUCCAAGAAACAAGAGAACAGCUACGAGGGAAGCAGACUGAACUCGACAAACGCCGGUGUCUCUUCUUUAGCUGCCGUAGACGAGCUGUGAAGGAUUUUUGCUGCGGUGCAGAACUUUGGAUUAUUUCUGUUCUUCUUCUGCCUUUGUUUGGUCUUCUUUAACAGAAAUGCUGUGGUCUUUAUUCACAGACUCAUCUGGGGGUGGGUGUCCAUUACGGGUCAAUUUAGAGUAUGUCAUUUGCAUAUUCCCCUAAUCUGUAUGUUUUUGGACUGCGGGAAGGAGGAAAACCCCACACACACACGGGGACAACAUGCAAACUCCAUGUUAUUAUUAUCAUCAUCAUUAUUGAUCAUGACAAAAAUAAGAGUUACCAUUUAUCACUGAAGCAACCUUUUUAACACGCCCAACAAAAACAACAAUAAAAUAUGAAUCAUGAUAAACAGGCAAA